AUGAACUCAGUGACAUAUGACAACAAUGUGUACUACUAUCUUCAGUACCACUGUAAGUACCACCGUAAGUACCACCGUAAGUACCACCGUAAGUACCCCUGUAAGUACCACCGUAAGUACCACCGUAAGUACCACCGUAAGUACCACCGUAAGUACCACCGUAAGUACCACUGUAAGUACCACUGUAAGUACCACCGUAAGUACCACCGUAAGUACCACCGUAAGUACCACUGUAAGUACCACUGUAAGUACCACCGUAAGUACCACCGUAAGUACCACCGUAAGUACCACCGUAAGUACCACCGUAGAUACCACUGUAAGUACCACUGUAAGUACCACUGUAAGUACCACCGUAAGUACCACCGUAAGUACCACCGUAAGUACCCCUGUAAGUACCACCGUAAGUACCACCGUAAGUACCACCGUAAGUACCACCGUAAGUACCACCGUAAGUACCACCGUAAGUACCACCGUAAGUACCACUGUAAGUACCUAGAAGUACCACUGUAA